AUGUCUUCCUUUGAUAAUACGUUUGUGGGAGUUUAUGGAACUUUAAUAGCAUUUGUUCAUCGCGGUAAGGAUUUAAAUAAUGUUCGAAAAUUGGACAAGCAAUCACCUUUUAUCAUCCUAAGAAUAGCCCAUAUGACUGCCAGGUCCAAAGUUUGUUUUAGAGGAGGUCAAACGCCAACUUGGAAUUUUUUGGCAGAGUUUGAAAUUACACCGGACGUUAAACCGUUGAUGACUUUAGAAGUUUACCAUGAAACCGAAGAUGCACCAAAACCCAUUGGAAAAACAACAUUAGAUUUUACGACUGCCAUUUUCUCGGAUGAAAAGGACGGUGACGAUAGAUGGGUUGAAAUUUAUAACGGAUCGGAAUUUGCAGGGAAAAUAUACCUUGAAUUAUCUUUUAAACCAAAAGAUCCAGAGGAAAUGAAUGGGAAAGCGGGAAAGAAUAUUUUAGAUGAAAUUGAUAAAUUUGAGCAAUCAGUGGCAAGUAGAGAAUUACCGCCCUUGCCAACCGAUGAUGAAUGUGCUUCAAUGUCUAACCCACGUUUAAAACCAUAUGUUCAUGGAAGUAGAUACGUUGAACCACACUCACCUAAACCAUCAAUUGGUCUAGUACGAGAUAAAACUAGUCCAAAAUAUUUGGACAAUGGUAGAUUGGUCUCGGUUAUACCAUCAAAAAAUACUUCACCCUUUACCUAUAGCGAUGAUGAGGAUGAUGCUGAACAUGAAGAUGGGAAGGAAUAUAAUGGCAAUGUUAGAUUCAGCCCGGAUCAAUUUAAAAAUACCUCUAGUACUAAUGGAAGUAGCACAAAUACAACUGUCACCACUUCUGAGCCUUUGUUUGCAAAGUUAAAGGAGAUUAAGGAUAAAAUGUUUAGUUUUAAAAAUCCCAAUAGUGAUGCAGAGUCUUCAAUGAGUCGAUCAGCUGUGUCUUCUGGGAAGGUUAAUUUUGAAGAACUAGAAAAAGCUGUCGGAGUAGCAAGGGCUAGGGACGACACUAAUAGUAGUGUGUAUCGACCAUAUCAUGUGGAUGAUAGUGAUGACGAAGAUGAAAGAUUCAACAUUAUAAAUAGGGCCAGAAGUAGGGCUUCUUCUACUUCUUCUAUUAAUCAUGAUCGAAAAUUUACGGAGAGAUCAAUGGCUGAUGCCUAUUCAGCCUCUGUUUCCCCAUCAAGAAGAUCAGGAUAUUAUGGCAUAUCGCCAACAAGGGAUAUAUCAGAAAGGUCAAGUAUUAAGUCACCAGAGAUAAAACAGCUUAAACUAUCACCAAACAGGAAAGUAACAGCGGAGGUGAAUGCCUACAGAAGAUUACAAAGUGAGUCGCCUACAAGGAAUAAUACAAAUAGUCCCAGAAGAAGACCACCUCCUCCACAAUUUAGAUAA